CACGAACCGGCAGUGGUCCUGCAGCUGGCGACACCAUGGCGGAGCGUGGGCAGAGGCUCCAGCUCCCGACUUUGCCUCUCAAGCUGCUGCAGGAGAACCGGAACUGCGGGCCCUGGCACCUGGAGACCCUGCCUUCCAAGAGUUUCAUGAAGCCCAAGAAGCUGAGGUUCCCAGGACCUGUGAACAGCCGGCGCUGGGUGUUUGUGAGAGAGGGACUGGAUGACUUCAGGAAAGGCUGUCCCCGACACCAGCACCCCAAGAAUGUCUCCCUGCCUCAUGUUCAUCACAGACUUCCCCAAGCUACCCCCAAGAAGAGGCAGAAUGGACUGCCUGAGGGUGCUGCUCUGUUAUCCAAGCUUCCACAGAUGAGGAAGGCAUUCCUAGAGGGUGUGGAAGAUAGCAUGGCCCUGCACCCCCUGGCUCUCUACCCACAUCUGGAAGAAGCUCUGCCCCCUGAGCUCUUACUGCAGGUGCUGGAGGUACUCGACCCUGAGAAGAACUUGGAGGAGACGUGGGCUUAUUGUCGGGAUACCAGAAAAUUAUUGAAGGGACCCACAGAACUUGAAGAAAAAUGUUCUUCUCAGGUGUGCCUCCCCAAGAAGAUGCCAGUGUCACGUUCAGGCCAGUGGCUUUGCGAAGAAAAGCCAAGCGAGGUGAAUUCUCUCUAUCAAGACAGUCUCCUUCAUGACAACGUGCGCAGAGGGGUCCGAGACUUCUGUGACUGGGCCAAGGCUCUUGGAAGUUCGCCCCUCGAGGAGGAGUUCAUCCUGCAGCAGUUUGACCUUGACUAUCACACGAGACGCUGCUGUGCUGUGCUUCCUGCUACAAGAGCCGAAAAGCGUUCUGUCCUGAGCCAACUGCAGGAGGCAGAGCUGUGCCAUAAACCAGACCAUGAGAGGCGACUCUGGAGAGCACAGGACAAACCCUUCAUCGAUGGCCGACCGUCCCUGAGAGAACAUGGCGGGUGCUGGAACAAACCCCGGUCCUCUGGAAGAGCGAGUCCUCAUAGGCCAAAGCGGGUGAAGAUGAGGUACGGAGCCUGGUAUCUGAAGACCAACUUGUGGAAGAAGCAAAGAGCGGAUGAACCUUUGGUUGAUCCCAAGAUUUCACACAAAGCUCAGGAUGCUAACUUUGAAAAGCAUCUUCGGGAGCAGGCGGAGCUGCUUGCAGGCCUACACGGAACUGUGGCCUUUAAGGACUUCAUUCUAAGCAGGGGUUACAGGAUGCCCAGGUUCCUUGAGAAGAUAUAUGCUGUCGAGAAAGGUAGAUCUGAAAAUAUUGAGACUUCUAAGAAACUCACGCCAACAGCGAGGCAUCCUGGGAGAAGAUGAGGCAGCUUUUAUUGACUGCAUACUCGGGUUUUCUUCCAUUAUUUUAAUUAUUAAGUAGGACAUGGUAAGUGCCCACACGGAAACUUCAACCUGGCAACAUCUAUAAAUAUAAAACCCGACACAAUGUUUCUAAAUGGCUUUAUGUAGUAAUAGGAGCGGCGGGGCUGCGUCCCCAGCACCCUGGCUGCCUGGCUAGCUUAUGCCCGAAAUAACAACACACAAACUGUAUUCAUUUAAACACUG